AUGUCUAAGAAGGCGAUAAAUGUACGGGUGACGACGAUGGAUGCGGAACUGGAAUUCGCAAUCCAACCGAGCACCACUGGGAAACAGUUGUUCGAUCAAGUCGUCAAAACAGUUGGCCUUCGUGAAAUAUGGUAUUUUGGACUGCAGUACACGGACACAAAGGGUUUUCUAACAUGGCUUAAACUGAACAAAAAAGUUACAGCUCAAGAUGUGAAAAAAGAACAGACUUUAUUAUUCAAAUUUAGAGCUAAAUUUUAUCCAGAGGAUGUUCAAGAAGAAAUAAUUCAAGAUAUCACUCUGAGACUUUUUUAUCUGCAAGUGAAGGAUGCUGUGCUUUCGGACGAAAUUUACUGUCCUCCAGAGACUUCAGUGCUACUUGCGUCAUUUGCGAUGCAGGCUAAAUAUGGCGAUUACAAUACAGAAACUCAUAAGCCAGGAUGUCUUACGUCAGACCGAUUAUUGCCACAAAGGGUCAUUGGACAGUUCAAAUUGAGUCCGGAGGAAUGGGAGAAACGUAUAAUGGUCUGGUGGGCAGACCAUAAAAAUACAAAUAGAGAGCAAGCAAUGAUGGAAUAUUUAAAAAUAGCGCAAGAUCUCGAAAUGUAUGGCGUGAACUACUUCGAAAUUCGCAACAAGAAAGGGACCGAGUUGUUUUUGGGUGUUGAUGCUCUUGGUCUAAAUAUAUAUGAAAAAAAUGACCGUCUCACUCCUAAAGUUGGCUUUCCAUGGUCUGAAAUAAGAAAUAUUUCAUUUAAUGACAAAAAAUUCGUUAUCAAACCGAUCGAUAAAAAGGCAAACGAUUUUGUGUUCUAUGCCCCACGCUUACGAAUAAACAAGCGGAUACUAGCUUUGUGCAUGGGUAAUCAUGAGUUGUAUAUGCGUAGAAGAAAGCCAGAUACAAUCGAGGUUCAGCAGAUGAAGCAGCAAGCCAAGGAAGAACGAAUGCAAAGAAAACUAGAACAAGAACGUCUUACAAAAGAGAUGACGGCACGUGAGGCAGCUGAACAAAAGCAAAGAGAAUAUGAAGAGAGGAUGGAAAAGAUGAAAGAGGAAAUGGAAAGAGCUCAAAGAGAGUUAUUACACGCACAAGAUACCAUUCGACGCCUUGAGCAACAGCUGGCAGAACUUCAGAUAGCUAAAGAUCAAUUGGAAGCGAAAGAAGAUGAGUUACGUAGGCUAAACGAACAGCUUCGAUCGGAACGAGAGAUGAGUUCCGAAGAACGUGAACGCUUGGAGCUAGAAGUACGAAGACGUGAGGAGCAAGUAUCAGAAAUGCGAGAACAAGUUGAUAUAAAAACUAUGGAAACUGAACGUUUGCAAAGAGAGGUUGAGGAAGCUCGAGCUGUCCAGGAACGAGAAAAUAGUCGUCACUUAAACGCAUUUAAUGUCAAAGAAGUGGACGUAGAUGAAAAUGCAAGUGAAAAUGGACAAAUUGCUACUGAUUUAACUGCUCGUGGUGACGAAAAUGUCCCGCAGAGGGAACUUGAACGACUGACAGCUGCUGAGCAGGAUCUUUCUCUGAAGCAUAAACUUGAUGCUCUCACAGCAGACUUAGAAGCAGUAAAAGAUAAACGACAUUUAACAGAAUAUGACCUCCUACAUAUGGAGAACAAGCGAGUUGGACGUGAUAAAUACAAAACUUUGCGACAGAUUCGCGGAGGUAACACUAAACGUCGUAUAGACCAGUAUGAAAACAUGUGA